AUGAGGACCCUGUAUCUUCAUCCAGUGGAAUCGCUCCUCGCUGCCUUCAACCAAGGGCGCCCAUCACAACCCAUCAUGAUUUGGGAGGCAAGAAUCGAGGGGGAGGGGGUAGAGGAAGAUGAGGGGGAGGGGGAAGAUCCCUACAGCAGCAGCCUCUCGCAUCGCCAUCGCUUAUCUCCUCCUUCUUCGCUCAACUCGACCGAGAAUGGAGUUACGGGAUUUGACGAACGAAACAAUUCCCGGGGUGACUCGUCGAAACGGCAUGCAAGGAGGGCACGCCCUCAUGCCCCUAAUGCCAUAAAGAGGAGUCGCGGCAGAAGGAGAGCAGCGGCGGCAGAGGAAAGAGUGACCAAGAGCAGGAUGAUGAUGGUGAUGAUAAGAGGCACGAGGAGCAGCAGCAGCAGCAGUAAUAAUGGUAAUAGUAGCAAAAGCAGCGGCAGUAGCAGUAGCAGCAGUAGCGGGCGGGAGUGA